AUGGAGUAUAUGGUUGUUGAUGUUGAAGAUCGGGCAGGGGGGUUGCUCUGCAUUUGGGAUCCUAAGGUGUUUCAGCUCUCAAAUUGUUGCAGUAAUAGAAGCUUCAUUAUGCUUGCAGUUGAAGAGAGGAUGGUUGAGGAUCCAGAACAAGUGAAGCAAGAGGUAUGGGCUCAUUUUAACAAGCACUUUUCAAAGGAUUGGAGGACGAGACCUGUUUUGAUUGGUGACUUUAAGAGUGUCAAAUGUAGUGUUGGUUUCCAGCAGUUGAAAGCAGAAUUCUCAGAGGAAAAGAUAUGGGCAACAGUAAAAGAAUGCAAUGGGAACAAAGUGCCAGGUCCAGAUGGAUUCAACUUCAUGUGUUUUCAAAAGAACUGGAAGGUGUUUAAAGAAGAGGUGAUGCUUUUCAUGAAGGAGUUUUACAGUGUGGGUAGAUUGGCUUAUGGAAUGAAUAGCUCUUUCAUCACUUUAAUUCCUAAGAAGGUUAAUGCUCUUCAUCUAAAUGAUUAUAGGCCAAUAAGUUUGAUUGGGUCAAUGUACAAGCUAUUGUCUAAGGUUCUUGCAAGUAGACUAAAACUAGUUUUGCCAGAAGUAAUUAGUGAAACUCAAUCAGCUUUUUUGGGUGGAAGGAAUAUCUUGGAUGGGGUUUUGAUUACGAAUGAAGUUGUGGAUGGAUGGAAGAAAGCCAAGAAGAAGGGUCUGUUGUUUAAACUUGAUUUUGAGAAAGCUUGUGACUCCAUCAAUUGGGGUUUUUUGUUUUCCAUGUUUGCAAAUUGUGGUUUUGGUUCUAAAUGGAUUUCUUGGAUAAAUGAGUCUGAAGGCCUUAAUAUUCUACUGCUCAGAGCUAGGGAGUUGCGCUUGAUUAAAUGGAUUUAUAUUGGAGUCAAUGGGGUGGUUGUUUCGCAUUUACAAUUUGCUGAUGAUUCACUACUCUUUUGUGAAGCUGAUGUGCAGGAGGUGAUGAAUUUGAAAAGAAUCUUAAGAUGUUUUGAAAUGGUAUCAAGGCUUAAGAUUAACUUCCACAAGAGUGUGGUUUGUGGGGUAGGAAUUUCUAAUAAUUGUCUCAAGGAUUUAGCUAGUUUGCUUAAUUGUAAAACCCAGAGUUUGCCACUGAAAUUCCUUGGCCUACCUUUGGGUGCUUCUCCAAGCAGAAAGAAGAUGCCAGAAGGUGUUGCAAAGGAAAUAGAUCAAUUACAAGCUGCGUUCUUGUGGGGGGGGCACAAAAUUAAAAAGAAAGAUUCAUCUAAUGCAAUGGAAAGAGGUGACCAAAAGCAUUUGUCAAGAGUCAGAUUUUGGCAGGACAAAUGGUGUGGUAAUUGUUGUUUAAAAGAGGGUUUUCCUAGACUUUAUUCCUUAUCCACUAUUAAGAAUGAUUCCCUCAAGUUCUUUGUUGAUAAUAAAGGAUCAUUUGAGAUGUGGGAUCUCAGUUUAAGAAGGCCUUUGUUACAGUGGGAGGAUAAGAAGGCAUCCAGACUCACUGAAUUGUUGACAGCAACACCUGCACUUUGUUUAGGUGAAAAAGAUAGACCAAGGGUGGGAGUUCUGAGCAUGGGAGCAUCCACUCUAUGUGUUUUUUGUAAAUCUGAGGCAGAAUCUAUUGAACAUGUUCUAAUUUCUUACCCUAAGGUCUGGAAGGUCUGGACUGGACUAUUGCAGAGGUGGGGACUAUUAUGGGUUGUGCCUGGAUCUGUUAACUGCUUACUGCAUUGGUGGGCUGGAAACUGCCUCUUGAAAACUAAAAGGAGGAUAUGGAAAGCUAUCCCUUUGGUUGCUCUCUGGUCCAUUUGGAAACAUCGGAAUGAUUGCUUGUUCAAUAAUAUUCAGCCAGAUAUGGAGGAGUUACAGGCAGCAAUUAUUAUUAGAUUAGCCAUUUGGUUGAAAACAUCUUCUAAGGAUUGUCAGUUCACUAUUUUUGACUUUAUCUAUCACAUCUGGCAGAUUAGAACUUGUUUAGGUGGCAGGAUUAGAGUUGGUUUGCAGUUAUGUGGGUCUAUGGGAUUGCAGCUCUGUGGGUUUGUGAUGUGGGCAUCUGGGAUCUUUGCAAAUUUUGGCAUGAGGAUUUAG